UUCAGGAGUUUUCCGGAGAGAGACUGGGAGAAAAUUGUUGCAGUAACUGUUAAUCCUCUCUUCAAAAAUUUUUCCGAAUGCACCCAACGCCUUUGUAUCGCAUCACAGAUGAGCAGAAGGAGAGUGUCUAUGAACCUGCCGAGGAUACUUUCUUGUUGUUGGAUGCCUUAGAAGAAGAUAAAGAGGCUUUAGAACAGCUAGAACCAAAUGUAGUUGUUGAGAUUGGGAGUGGUUCUGGUAUUGUUUCGGUAUUUUGUCAACAGUUACUUCGGGUGCCGGUCUUUACCUUAACAACAGACAUGAAUUUUAAGGCUUUACAGUGCACUCGAACUACGGCGCAGCUCAAUAAUGUAUCAGUGGAAGCAGUUCAAUGUGAUUUGUUAUCAGCACUAAAUCAUCGAUUAUGUGGUCUUGUUGACGUGCUGCUCUUUAAUCCCCCAUAUGUACCCACCGAGCAAGAGGCUACUUCGGACUCUGUUCGCUGCUGGGCUGGUGGUCCCACAGGACGUGGCGCCAUUGAUCGACUUUUUGCUCAGCUUCCAGAAAUUUUAGCACCAGGCGGCUUUUUCUUUGUUGUUGCACUUCAUUCGAAUGAUAUUGCCCGCAUGUUAGCUUUUAAUCAAUCAAUUUUUUCCAGUAAAAUUCUACUUGAAAGGAGGUGCGGUAUCGAGCAUCUUUUCGUGCUUAAAUUUACAAAAUCGAAAUAUUGA